UGCUUGCUAAACAGCAGUGAUAACCUGACGAGUUAAUUGUCAAACGAUGUAUGCAAUUGUCAAGUUUAACGCACAUUUAUACCUGUUUUACGAUGCUCGUUACUUCGAGAAUUAUACAUAGUUCUGCACUUAGUCGUGCAUACAUCAGAUGAAGUUAAAUAUACUUGUCACAGUCAAGAUUCAAGGUGUACAUACGAAUUUUUACUUUCUCUUUGCUAAUUCAUCGAAGACAUCAAGCCGUGAAAUAAUCUAUGAAUUUAGGCGUGUUUAAUAGAGUUAAUCUUAAGGAUUCCCAAGGAGGAAUGUAUUCCGAAUGGGCUUCUCUAAGUGUUUUAAUUCAACAAGGCUCGGAAGAAAGCCAGAGUGUUCUGGAGAAAUUUUCUCCUGGAGCAGGGAAAGAAGUAGCCUUGUCUAUUGUACGUCAGCUGGCUACAAACCUUGGAAUCACACAAGCAGCUGAACCUAGUCCAUUAUGCACGGACAAAGAAGUACAAUGGUGCAUGGAAGUGAUAUGCUUCGGAUUAUCACUGCCCUUAGCUGAACAUGACACUGUCAGGGACUGUGUCAACGUUUACUGCGAAUGGUUAUCUGCUCUGUAUUCCACGCCAAAGAUCUGUGUACCGAGACCCAUUAUAGACGAUCCCAACUUCUAUGCCAGGAAAAUAAUCAGUCAUUUUCAUAAUUUAUUUGUUCCACGAAAAGGAGAAGUCUGGCCAUUUUUAUAUCAGGAUUUAGGAACAGAUACGAUUAACAGACAAGCAGUUUUGUGUCACAGAGUACUAAGAACAUUGCAACAAAUAGCAAGGGGUCCAGCCACUUUGGAAAGGGAAACAUGGGAAAGCUUAUUACUGUUUCUUAUUGGUAUAAACGAUGCACUCUUGGCUCCUCCAGCUACGAGAGAAGAUGCUGGAGAACAAUUGUGUGAAAGAGUUCUGGGCGUAUUGUUAGAGGUGUGGCUGGUAGCGUGUGAACGAAAUUUUCCAUCACCACCGUUAUGGCGCACGUUAAGAGAGUCGUGUCUUCGAUGGCGACACAGAUUGGCAUUAGUGGAACAGUGGAAUCGCGUUUGUCUCGCACUCACAGCGAGACUUUUACAAAUUAUGUAUGGUCCAAUGUUUCCAGAAUUAAAAAUAAGCGAAGAAGACUCUCAACUUGUACCACCUACGAUGUCAGACGAGGCAGUGGCGCAAGCAUGGUACAGACUUUUACGUACUAUAGGUGAUCCCGUCGAUCUAUGCAGGCCCGCCGUUAUCUCGCAGACGCAGGCAUUUUUACAGUAUGCUAUUGCCAGUCCAAAUGUAAUAGACCCGUGUCAGCACCCGUGUCUACAGAAUUUACCGCAGAUCUUUCUAAAAGCCAUAAAGGGUAUAGCUGGACAAGUCGACGCUUUCCUCGUCACAAAUGUUUUAGGAGUUUCACAGGCAUGUUGCUGGGAAGAAUGUUGCGUAUCUACGAUCACCUCUGGAUCUGCUAGCACCGGGAACGGAGGUGUAGGAUGGGAUAAAUCAAAUAGCAAGGACACGACUCAACCUUCUCCUACGCCUCCAACGCAACGCAGACUUGCCAAAAGUUUCAGUGUAACACCUUCCGCAGUCACUAAGGGAAUUCCAAAAGCUUCCUUGAUCGGUUUAACAACAAGUCGGGUUUCAAGCACACCGCCCAUGAUGAUAUCUAAUUCCGGCCCGUCAUCCGCAUCGAGUACGGCAUCUAUGAGUUCGUUAGUUCAGGAUAUUAGACCCCCUUUAGCUCCGGGACGUCCGAAAUGUAACAGUAUAUUGCAUUUAUUUGGUGAAUGGCUGUUUGAAGCUGCUUUUAUAGGCACUGAUGGAUGGUCGCAAAAUUUACCACAACCGUCGGGUGCUUCGAAACGUCCGUCGUCUGUACUCGUCGAGGGUCCUAGUUCUCUACAAGAAGCUUCCAACGACGUACCGCCGGCUCUUUGUAUAGAUCGGUACGAGUCUGGAAGAGCGGAAGCGUUGGGAGCACUGUGUCGGAUAUUUUGCGCAAAAAAGACUGGGGAAGAAAUUUUGCCCGUUUAUUUAGCUAGAUUUUAUCAAGCAAUGAAUCAGGGACUGAAAGUUGACGAAUCUCGAGAGUGUGGUGAAACGUUGGCGAGCAUUCUGUUGAAUUCUGCCGAUUUAUUUCGUCUCGAUUUAAACGGCGUGCAAGUGUUAGUACCAGCUGUGAUCUCGGCGUUAGAAACGGUACUCCCGGAGAAAGAUUUGAAGCUUAAGUCUAAUGUGGUCUCGAAGCCGGAGUUGCGAAGAGCAUCCAUUCAUUUGUUAAUAUCAAUCUUGGCAUUGCCUCUACAUUUCCAAAAUCUGACUAUCAAGGAACUUCCAACGUUUACGAAUCUAAUGAUAACCGAAAAGAAUCAUAUAACGUUUACACAAUUAAAAUCGAGGCUGAUGAACCUGCUCAUAAACGCGUUGCAAGUUGAAACUGAUCCUCAGAAUACUCAUAUGUUGUUAGGUGCGCUUUUAUUGAGCGUCCAAGAUUCGGCGGCGGCAGAGGAAGUCGAACAAGUUACACAACCUGACACUAUAGCACACGAUACCACUGUCAAUUUAUUAUCGUCAGUCACCAGUGAUUCUGCCAGUCAGAUAAGCAUAUCCAGCGAUCAACGUUCACUCGGCGAAACCUCUGAUAUUACAACUCUUCAAGAGGAAUGUAUCGCGUUUGAUUCGGCUCACGCUCUCUUCGUGAGGGCGACGUAUCUAGUUUGUCACAGACUGAUAUCAUCCUGGAAGACAGACUUAAAUAUUUCCUUAGCAGCUCUUGAAAUAUUGUCAGGACUGGCCAGGACGCGUAUUCGUGAAACAGCGAGGAAGCUUACAGACGCUUUGGAAUGUAAACGUGCUGUAAAGUGGCUCUGUGAUUACAUCGCGUAUCAAUGUUGGCGCCCACCUCCAGCUCAUUCGAAAGAUCUACAUUCGUCUAUCGUUGCUGCAUUUAGUUGUUUAACAACCUGGUUGACUGCGCAUCCACAGCUUCUACAAGAUAAGGAUUGUUUAACGACGGUUUUAGAGGUGGUCGAGCUUGGAGUAUCGGGAACCAAAAGCGUGGGGAAGCCUGGUGAACCCAUCAAGAUGAAAGACGAGAAGGAAUUGAAACCAGCGUCUAUGCGCGUCAGAGACGCUGCCGAUGCUCUUCUCACAGUCAUUUUAGAACAAGUAGGCUAUUUCCCUAGUGCGUGCGGGGCGCAGUCACUAUCGUCUCUAUUGGACGAAGUAUCGCUUCUCCGGCACUGCAACAGCUGGACCGGAGGUCGAGUCAUGCGGCAAGCGGCGGUCGAAAGAUUUCGAUACUUCGUAGCCGAGAAUGCCACUCUAUUGGCUUUACUCGAAGAACCUCUUGGAAACGAUCAGGAUCCACAACCGACCGUGACCGUAUUGAUACGUGGCCCGUUCGGUAGACACGCGUGGACGAUGCAACUUCGACAUCUGCCGAGGCACAGAUCUAGUAUAAGAAGCGUCAACACCAAUCCUGGUCGACCGUUACCGUUGGCGGAAGCUGCUCCGCGCACAGAUUACAAGCCCAGAUUCUUUCCCGAUAACGUGGAUCGAAUACCGCAUUGUAAAGUGGACGAAUCGAUUCCGAGCUUGGAAGCAGUUAUGAACGACAACGAUUUGGUGAGAAACGAGCAUCAAAUUUUGUCACAGCUGUUGGAACGUCAAAUGAACAUUGAAGCGAAGUAUUGCGAUGGGAAUGAGAAAGUAUCGGACGAGAAGACAGAGGAAUGUACGCCACCUCACAUUUGUCACGAGUUUCAAACUGCUCGUCUAUUUUUAAGCCACUUCGGAUUUCUGAACAUGGAACCGAAGGAAGACGACGAGUCUAGGAGCAGCGGGCUCACUGCCUUAGAUCCGACCAUUCCAGGAUUCUGCUCAGAUUUAGAGACUUUAGAUAAUAUCAGUCCAAGAACGUGCGAUACCGUAUACGUUUUUUAUGUAAAAGCUGGCCAGAAAACUUCUGCGGAAAUACUGUCCAACGUGCUGCACGAUUCGAACGUAUCCUCGAACUUCUUAGAAUUCUUGAAUUCUCUUGGCUGGCCAGUUUCUGUAUCGGCACAUGCCGGUUGGACCGGUCAUGUCUCUACCUCGUGGAGGGUAACGCAACAGUUGAACGUACCGCAGCCUGCUCACAGCGACCAUGGUGGAGCUCUUUAUAAUGGUGAUACUCACGUGCUUUACUGGGCAGACGUCAGUUCAGAAAUUGCAUUUGUCGUACCGACUCAAUUAAACAACAUGGUGAACUCGGAUUCGUUAGAAGAAACGAGUUACGGCAGCGAUACUAGUUCCAAUCAAGUUUGGUUCGAAAGAACUAUCAGCGAAAGUAUUUCUUCUCGAAACAGCGGCGGGGGGCAGAGUGCGAUGCAAAGCUCACGAACGAUGUCGCUCGACUUGGAAAAACAGCCGCCCAGUUUAACAGGAUCUAAUCCUAGCGUGGAUCUAGUUAAACCGAGGAAAUCGGCAAAGCAAGUUUUAACUGUACAGACCGACAUUAAAAUCAUGGUCGUCUGGUUAGAAAGUUUAGAAGAUUAUGCACAAUUUCCAAUUGGUGAUCUACUUCCUUGUACUUGUACCGGGCUCGAACAAUCCAGGGUGAUUCAGGUAUCUGACGUACAAGUAAUUUUCGUUCAAGCUCUUAGUAGUGGACUGAUGCGAAUCAGAUUACAAGGCCCAGUUUCUAGAAUUAAUUUAGCCACUCCCUUAAUCGAUGGGAUGGUCGUAUCUAGAAGGGUACUAGGAACCCUCGUUAGACAAACAGCGUUAAACAUGGGACGUAGAAAAAGGCUCGACAACGACAGUUAUCAUCCACCACACGUACGCAGACGCUUGAAAAUACAGGAAAUGGUUCAGAAGUACAGAAAAAAUUUGACCGAUCCAGAAUUAUUAACGCUCUUAUUUAGUAGUACUCAAACUUAUCAAGUGUAAUAAAUGUUAAGCUGCAAACGAAUCUAUGAACAAGAAAUAUAUGUACAUACGAUAGUG